AUGGAGGAGGAGAAGCACGACGAGUUGGAUCCGAACCAGAAGAGCAAGAGAGAGAAAGAAGAUCAAGGAUUAAUAAUGGCGGAGGAAUCUAUGUCGGUGGAGUGGAUUUUUCAAGCGCAAGAGGUGCCGUCGUGGCAGAAGCAUCAGACGGCGAGAGCGUUUGUGCUCUACUUGACCACCGGUAUUACUCCUUCGCUCAAUAUCUCCGCCGAUCUUCUCGGUUUCUUCUUCGUGAAGACAUGGACCAGACUUCUGGAGAAAUCUGGUUUACUGAAGCAGCCUUUCACUCGCCAGGAGAACACCGUGAUUGGCGUCGCCUUCAGCGGGCUUCGAUUGGGAAGCUUGAACACAACUGCUCUGCGACUACGAAUUUUCAUGCCUCAAAACCUAAACAUCCUAAUUAAUUAA